UAAGUGGACAGACCUCACGUUGAACGCAGAUGAACCUCGGCAUCCUUUCCCACGUUGGAUCGUUUCAGCUCCGGUAAACCAGAGGACCACCGGAGCGCAGCCGGGAGCACACGGUGAUCCUGUGCAGCAUGUGCACUGCAUGGGAAAAUGUGAGAGAAGAAGGGGAAAUGAAGACGCGCACACAUGAAGCGGGAGAAGGAAGAAGACAGUAAAAACACAAGAUGAAGAGUCGUGGAAACCUGCUUCUGGUCAACCAUUCCGUUAUUCUUUGAAACAAAGUGAUCAGUGAACCUCAGCUAUGGCAGCACAUAUUGUGCUUCUUUUCCUUUUAUUCUGUAAAGGGGAAAGAAAUUGCAUUUCAGUGGUCGUUGGUCUUUCAGAGGAAGAUCAGAAUUUGCCAGUAACAUUAAGCAAAAGACAACAAGUUUUAGCACAUCCUGAGUCCAUGGACAACUUUUUUGUGAGAAUUAAACAACUGGAGAGCCAGCUUCAGAAUAAAAAGGAUGAUAUAAGAACCCUUCCAAAUGUGGCUUUUAAACUAGAUGACAGAGACCCUAAUGAUUUUGACUUUAAGAGCAACGCAGCGAGGAAAACAGUCAUACUUAAACAUCCUGAAUCUGCUGCAAAAUCCUUAAUACCUAAACAUAUCCGUGAACUCACUGUAAACUAUGAGAAUAAGAGCAAUUUGACUAAUGGAGAGGUUGAAGGUUUAAUUAACGAUCACAGUCUAGAGCAGAAUUCAGAAGAGGAGCACUCUCUCCAGCCUGAGCUCCAUUUGGAGACAGGUGUCGGUGAGGUUUUGCCUGAGAAGACACAAGGCGGCUCUAAAUGGGUCACGGAGUCUGAAGACGGUCGGUCGGGGCCUCACUCUCGCCGCCGGAGGAGCUGGCUCUGGAACCAGUUCUUUGUGAUCGAGGAGUACAGAGGGCCCGAGCCCGUGCUCAUUGGACGGCUGCACACAGAUAUGGACAAAGGAGACGGUCGCACUAAGUAUUUGUUGGAGGGAGAGGGAGUGGGCUCUGUGUUUGUUAUUGACAGCAACACAGGCAACAUACAUGUCACCAAGUCCCUGGACCGCGAGGAGAAGGACCAGUACCGUCUCAUUGCAACGGCUACAGACCGUCAGACAGGCCGAGCCCUGGAGCCCUCCUCUGAGUUCAUCAUCAGAGUGCAGGACAUCAAUGACAACCCGCCCGUCUUCCCCAAUGAAGCCUAUGUCGCCAUGGUGCCGGAGAUGGCCAACAUCGGCACUUCCAUAAUCCAAGUCACAGCCAGAGAUGCUGAUGAUCCAACAUAUGGAAACAGUGCCCGGCUGGUGUACGCCAUCACUCAGGGCCAGGACUAUUUCUCUGUGGAUCCUCAGACAGGCAUCCUGCGAACAGCCGUACCUGAUAUGGACAGAGAGACUCAGGAUGAAUAUCUGGUCGUCCUCCAGGCCAAAGACAUGGGUGGGCAUCUGGGCGGAUUAUCAGGGAGUACAACCGUCACGGUGAAGCUGAGCGAUGUCAACGACAACCCCCCUCACUUCAGACGGAGUGCGUGGUCAUUCUCUGUAUCUGAGCUAGCAGCACCAGGUGUGGAGGUGGGCCGUCUCACCGCCACCGAUCCUGAUCUGGAAGAAAAUGCACUGCUGGAGUUUGCUAUUCUGGACACAGAGGAGGCCGAAAUAUUCAAUAUAACUGGAAGGGACCAAGAGGCUGUAAUUGCACUGAACAAGCUGCUGGAUUAUGAGGCCUGCAGUUCAUACACUUUCUCCGUGGAAGUUGCCAACCCUUUAGUGGAUGCCCGGUACCUAAGGAAAGGUCCCUUUAAGGACCAGGCAACAGUGCGGGUCAUGGUCCUUAAUGCUGAUGAGCCACCGCGAUUCUCCCAGGCUCUGUACCAUCUGGAUGUGUCUGAGAACUGCCCCCCUGUCUGCUCUGUUGGCCGCGUCUACGCUGUGGACCCAGACACAGGACAAAGCACCAACAUCAGGUACUCCAUCGAUCCCCAGUCAGACCCUGAGGCUCUGUUCCGCAUCGCCUCUGACACAGGCUUUAUCAGCACAGUGAUGGAGUUGGACCGUGAGCUGGAGCAGUGGCAUAAUAUCACUGUCAUCGCCACACAGAGGGACAAUCCAAAUCUUGUGUCAAGGGUUGUGGUUGCCAUAGAGACACUGGACCAGAAUGACAAUGCGCCGGAGUUAGACAGGCAGUACACAACAUCUGUAUGUGACUCCAGUGUCCCCGGUCAGGUAGUUCAGGUUCUGCGAGCCAUCGACAGGGACCAGGGAGGGCAGGACACCCCGGUCCACUUUAGCAUCCCUCCAGAGUCCAGCUCUGCACUCAACCUCACUAUCAGGGAAACUGGAGGUGUGACAGCCAGCCUGGUGCUCCAAUCAGCCUUGGAGCCCCGCCCUGGCUUCUCCUCAUCCUUACUAACCCUCUACGUGCCAGUUGUGCUACGCGACGGAGCCUCUGGCCUCACCAACACUGGUACGGUGACCGUGACCAUUUGUCCCUGUCUGCGAGGGGGCAUGCAGACAGAGGACAGGGGGAGACAGAGGGACAGGAGAUGGGAGAGACACAUGGUUUGUCUGCCCAUGCCGUCCACCUCUCCGUCUCUCAUAUUCAGUUUGGUCACCUUACUGGCCAUGCUGGCUUGUGUCACCACUCUGCUGGUGGUGUGUGCACUCUCACUGUCAUUGCGCCAUCAGAAGCGAGACUCCCACUCACCCUUCGAGGAGGAUGAUGUCAGGGAGAACAUCAUAUCCUAUGAUGAUGAGGGGGGAGGGGAAGCAGACACCGCAGCUUUUGACAUUACAGCGUUGCAAAGCAUGCACAGAAUACAGCACAUGCACAACAGAAACAUAUGGUACACCCAGCAGAAUCCGCCGAGGGCCAGGACGUACAGCUGGAGCCGUAACCCGCGCCCCGGCCUGGACCCUGAGCAGCGCCCAGGCUCGGCUCCACUCUACGGACGCCUCUGCUACGGCAUCCACACGCUGCCUGUUCUUAGAGAUUAUCCGGCCGGGCCACUGGAGGCAGGUCUGCAGCUAACGCAGCUGACCCAUGGGCUCACUGGAGGUCAUAUCGGCAAUUCCCUUGUCAUCCAGAACCAGAGCACCUUUGAGCCUCUGCUGCACUCUCCUGAGAUGAGCCCUGGCAGUUAUGAAGCAGAACACAUGCUGGGGAAGAGUACAGUUACCGACGGAAAUUUAGGCAGCGACGCAAAUGCAGCUGAUACAAAAGAAAAUCGGGAUGAGGCCAAGACAAACCCCACAGAGUCAGAGCUGACACCAGCCAGCGACGCUGUGAAUGUGACCUACUGUGACCCAACUGAGUCUUCAUGCCAAAGUCACACCAGCUCCUCAUCAAACCAGCAAGAGGGGCGACCGGGGUCAUCGCAGACUCAGAUCAGCACGGCAGCCACCAGCUGCACAAUAGAUGACAUCGAUACUGAUUCCUCCAUUCCCUCCGUUUCAGAGCGAAAUUAUUCAAAUGGUAGUCAGAUCAACUCUGUAAACCCUCCUGUUUACCUGAAAGGAGACACAUACAGCAUUGUGGGCUCGCUGAAUCCAAACAGCAGAGGGACGUGUAUGAACGGGUCUAGCAGCAGCGGUUUAUACCCAGCAGGGGUGCAGCUACUGAACAUGUGCAGACUCCAGAGAAAGGAUUUGACCCCACAGCUUUUGCCCUUACCUGCGGGUGUGUUGGGCAACAGCAGAGGCUGGCCAUUGGGGGCCGAGCCCACGAGAACAGAAGCAGCCAACCCGCAGCCUCUCCGGAUGGAAGACCUCCUGAAUAUCCGUCUGGAUCAGGUCACCUCUGACCUGUCGCAGCCGCCCUAUGACUCACUGCAGACUUAUGAGUUUGAGGGCCGUGAUUCAAGAGCUGAGUCACUGAGCUCACUGGAGAGCGACGGAGAGAAGGACGAUGGGACAGUGGUGGGAGGGAUGGAGGAGUUAAACCAGAAGUUUCAGAGGCUGGUGGAGAUCAUCCAAGAGAGGGAGAAAGAGAAGGGAGGAGAGGGAGGAGAGACACGGGCAGCGGAAGGACUUGAGACUGCAGAGGCUACUCUCAUUGAGACUCAUAAACAAACGGAGGACAAAGAAAAAGAACGGCAGAGAUGGGAUUUCUAGACUGCAAAAAAAGAAAAGUUCAAAGACGGGAGAACUCUCUUGACAGUGAUGGAUUUUUAAACACAGCAGGGGUGGCAAAAUACACAGCCUCUGACAGGAAUCUUCUUGUCGCCGCCCCCCCCCCAGGAAAAAUCCAUGAGGCUGACAGCAUUGUGGAGAUUUGUGGCGGAAUCAGUGCACAGCGCAUAGUUUUCACCUCCACUAUGUUUAGAAAAUGCAUAUGGAAUCUGUCACUUUUCACACUUGCAACUGAUAUUAAUAAUGCACUUGGGCUUUCAAAGCGAAAGUUAUGAAAAAUUAACUUUUUUUGAAAUAUUGAUUCUGAGCCCUUGAAAGCUGCAUUGUUAGAAAAUAGGCCUCAUUAAAUAUUGACUGGAAUUGUGACAUUUAAUAUUGAUAGUUUAAUAGCGGCACCCUCACUAGGACUCCUUGAAUUUGAAUACACAUAUUUGCAUCACAUUUGCAUCAGAAUUGGAGAGUUUUAAAAUCAACACGAGCAUACAGUACUGUGGGUCUACACGGCCACGUGUUCAAAGAGCCACUCCAAUGAAUCUAACUGUAUACAUUCAUAUUCUGUAGCUCUGAAGCAAGAGUACAACUCCAGCAAGUAGUCACCAUUACAGCAGCAGAAUCUGCUCACUAUGCAAUUUGUGCACAGUUAGAAAUGAUUACA